AUGAUAGACAAUCGUUGCGCAAACCCGGAGCUCCAGUUCGACGUGGACCACAUGAUCCUCGAAUACAGCCUCCACCAAGCCAUCAGGACACACUUCGACCUCCUAUCACUGACUACUGGCCCUGCCCCUUCUGUGAACUGGAAUGCAACUAUACGCAAGUCAAUUACAGAUGCCCUGCGCGUCCUGUCCAUCUUCGACUCGUUCUUCCGUCUUUUCAAGUCUACUCAUCCAUCUCAUCGCCCCGGUCCGGAAUUUGCAUUCAACCUCGACGUGCUUGAAUUUCUAGUACUGGUAGCCAGUCGAAGGUGCUUAUACGACCGCCAUUACUUGGCGGAUAGCAUGUGCGAGGGCUUGCGCAGAGAGACGGCGCAGCACCUCACCCAUCGCCGGCGAUGGCUCACCGCGCGAGAACGACAGGCUCGCCGACAAGGGAAGCAGGCGGCAUCCUCAGAUGCAAAAGCCGAUCUGCCAUGGGACGUGGCUCGGGACGUCGAAUCCCAGAUCUACGAAGCAUGGGACAGCGUUCAAGCAGCGUUGGAUCCGGAAUCUCACGCACCACCCUCACCUUCACGCCUUUCGCGGAGCAUCAUGCCUCCUUCAGCAGGACAACCACACCCCUUGCUGUUCGACCUGAUCCCGCGAUUCAUGCUGAUAUCCGCCCAAGUCGCCGCCGUGCUGGGCCAGAAUACGAACGAGAAGUGGAUGGAUCUCGUCGGCCAAUUCAUGCUCCAGGCUAGCAUUGAGUCGUUGAGGAUCAGGCUCGGUACAGCCCAUCAUCAUCCACUGCCACGUCUACAGGAAUGUUUUGCAUGGGGAUAUCUUGACCUGCGUGACUUCUCCUCGCUGGGUCCUAGUUCUGACGCAGAUGACCCCGUUGAAGAACUGGGUCCCAACUACGGAUUCAUCAAUGACCUCUUCUGCGUCGGCGAGACUUCGGAUGCGGAUGCGGAUGCGGAUCCUUCUACAGAAGUGGCCCAGUGGACGCAGAUCCGGCUGAAGUGGAUGUCGGAAUUUACGAUGCCGGCGCACGCUUCUGUACUGUCGAUCAAUUGCCGACUUGAUCGGCUGGGGAAAAAGUAUCCCCUCGACAAGUUUGAGGAGGAUGUUGUAUCGUUUUUGUCCGGGGCAUGGGUGCAUGCCUGUCAAGACGAAGCUUUUGGAAAGCCGGUCCUGGUCCAGAUUGAGGAAGGGCAUCUCAGGGGUCUUGGCGUCGAUGCGGCAGAAUUUGAUGAAUUUAUGAUCCGGGUCGGGUUGAAGAAGGACUGCAGGCCUGUCGACGUUGAAGUCGUAAGACAGGCCGUCGAACUAAACGUGGCAUCAACGGGGGGUUGA